AUGAAUGCUGAGAUUACUGCCUUUGAGGAUAAUAACACUUGGCUUAUCACUGACUUGCCUCCAAACAAAACCCUAAUUGGAUGCAAAUGGGUUUAUAAAGUGAAACUGAAGGCAGAUGGGUCCAUUGAACGCUAUAAAGCAAGGCUUGUAGCUAAAGGUUACACACAACAAGAGGAUUUUGAUUAUUAUGACACUUUCUCUCCAGUUGCUAAACUCACAACUGUUCGGUGUCUUCUUGCUCUUCCUGCUUCGAAUGGUUGGUUGCUACUCCAACUUGACGUCAAUAAUGCAUUUUUGCAUGGGGAACUCAAUGAAGAAGUAUACAUGAAGUUACCUCCUGGUUAUUUGGUUAAGGGGGAGAAUAAGGUGUGCAAGCUCACCAAAUCUUUAUAUGGGCUUAAACAGGCUUCUCGACAAUGGUUUGCCAAAUUCUCAUCUACUUUGCUUCUUCAUGGUAUUUCUCAAUCCAAAUCCGAUUACUCUUUGUUCACAAGGUUUCAAGGCAAGAUUUUUUUAGCACUACUUGUUUAUGUAGAUGAUAUAGUUUUGGCUAGUAACAAUGAUGAUGCCAUUACUCAGCUUAUUGUGUUCCUGAAUACUCAACUUAAGCUUAAAGAUCUUGGUCCUUUGAAAUUUUUUCUUGGAUUGGAGAUAGCUCGCACUUCAAAGGGUAUUUCUCUUUCCCAAAGAAAAUAUUCCUUAGAGAUUCUGGAAGACAGUGGCUUACUUGCUACCAAGCCAUCCAAGUUUCCUAUGGAAACUAACUUGAAGUUGUCUCGAUCUAGUGGUGAGUUGCUUCCAGAUCCUACAAGUUACAGAAGACUAGUUGGGAGACUUCUCUAUCUUACCAUCACUAGACCGGAUAUAUCUUAUUAUGUUCAGUUGCUUAGCCAAUUCAUGGACAGUCCAAGGCAGCCUCACAUGGAUGCAGCCACUCGAGUUCUUCAGUAUCUAAAGUCUUCCCCUGGACAAGGGUUGUUCUACUCAGCUUCUUCAACUCCACAUCUUAAGGCAUUUUGUGAUUCUGAUUGGGCCGGAUGUCCUGACACUCGAAGAUUAGUUACUAGAUUUUGUGUUUUUUUGGGAGAUUCUUUAAUCUCUUGGAAAUCUAAGAAGCAACAUACAGUGUCUCGAUCCUCUGCAGAGGCUGAAUAUUGUUCUAUGGCUGCUGCUACAUGUGAAAUUGUUUGUUGCUUAGUGUAUUGCAUAAUCUUCAGAUUUCUGAUCCACAACCUGCCUUACUCUUCUGCGAUAGCAAAGUUGCCAUUCACAUUGCUGAGAAUCCUGUAUACCAUGAAAGGACAAAGCAUAUAG